CAAAUACUACUGUGUUCCGGAAUACAAGAACUGGAGAGAUACAUUCUUCUAUAUGUCCUUGCACUUCCUCUGGCCCCACCCCAGACCUACUGCAUCAGAAUCUUCAUUUUAACAAGAUCCAUUGGUGAUUCACAUGCACGUUAAAGUUUGAGAAGCACUACUGCGACAGAUCUUAGUCAUUGUUAUGUAUCCUUGGUACUCCCUGUUGAGAAACGGAGAAAGAAGAGAUGUGCUAAGGAAUAUACCACCUAAGGAGGGACAAACUAUUCGAGAGAAAAGACUUGUAGAAGCAGCAAAUAAAAAAGAAGUAAACUAUGAAGUAGGGGAUAUCCCAACAGAAUGGGAAGCUUGGAUUAGAAGAACAAGAAAAACUCCACCUACUAUGGAGGAAAUACUAAAGAAUGAAAAAUACAGAGAAGAAAUAAAAAUAACAAGCAAAGAUUAUCAUGAAAAGGAAAAAUGCCUUAGUAAAGAGACCAAGGAGCUCUUGGCUCCACCAGUUCAAACUCAAAUUAAAGGUCAUGCCUCUGCUCCAUACUUUGGAAAGGAAGAACCCUCAGAGGCUCCCACCAGCACUGGUAAAACCUUUCAGCCAGGAUCUUGGAUGCCACAAGACGGCAAGAGCCACAAUCAGUGAAUGCACUAUGAUAAAAUAAUUUCAUUUAUGUGGAUGUGACUAUUUUAAUAAUUAAAAGAAGUAAAAAGUUA